AGGAGGUUAGUGAGGCCCAACAAGACAUGUUGGUGUAGAAACAUUCUUAUCGUUCGUUCACAUUAUUUAUCUUCGCUCAUUUUAGCUUCUUCUAAGUAGAACUUCCGAUAGGAGGCCUGAGCGUUCGGUUACCCGUUAGCGUUCAGAUAUGGAUUUUUUAGAUUUCAGUUUUCUUUUAUAAGUUCAAUUCUAAUAAAUUUGCAAAUACAUGUCGGGCUUAGAUAUAACGCAUCAAAUUCGGAUCAGUUUUGUAUCACAUCAUAAAAUUCAUAAAGUAACUAUAUAUCAUUUGGAUUCGGAUUAUAUUGGAUCGGUUGGGAUAUACCCGAAAUAAAAUCUAAAAUUUAAAAGCAAAACAUAAAAAAUAUAUACUUAUUUAUAUAUAAUUAACUAUUUAAGGUAUAUAUUUAAAUUUUAAAUACUUAUUGUUAGAUACCAUAUCAAAAUAAAUAUGAAAAAUUGAAUAUUUGAAGUAUAUAUUCAUGUUUCAUAUAAUUAUAUUGUAAAUUAGUUUUGACAUUCAGAACGGGUUUUUUGGAUAUCUUUUCGGAUUUUUCAAUUUUUCUCGGUUUUUCAGGUUACAUGUUCAGUUUCGGUUAAUAACUCUUUGGAUUCAGAUCAUUUGGUUAUUUUUUUUACAUUUCAAACCGGAUAUGAAUUGCGUUUUUUGGUUCAGAUUUCGUAUUGCGGAUUUUAUGCGCAUGCCUAGCUAACGGUAAACUCAACUAAAACCAACAUAAGACAAGGACAACUAACACAAAAUCCAAAAAAAAAAAGACUCAACUUCUAAUACAUUGAAUUUUGUUUCAUGUUGAAAUAGGAGUUGAGUUAUCAAUUUUUCAAAAGAAGUAACUCAAAAUUAUAACUCAAGGAUAACACACUAUAACUCAAAAAAUUUAAACUAAUUCAUGAUUAAUAACAUUUUUCAGUUAUGCUCCUAACUCACCAAUCAAACCCUUCAUAAAUAACCUUGUAUUUUGUUUUUCUUAAUGGGCCCAAAUAACAUGGGCUCUGUCAGUGAACCAUGGUUGAGUCUGAUGCUUUGUCUCCCCACCCAUUAAAGUACAAGGAGCUGCCAAUUCCACCGUGAAAAGAGGAUAUUUUUGUUGUUGGUGGAAACGGCAGGCUGUUGGCUUGCAAAUUCCCGAAACGUCAAGAUACUGCUGUCUCUUAAGUUGAAAUGGUUCAUCUCUCUAUGAUUCUCCUCCCCAACCGUGGGCCUGCCGAAACAAACAAACGAUUGGAUUCCAAAGUUCUUCUUCUUCUGAGUAGCAGCAGAUGGGAGCAUCAGAUUCAACGAUAUUAGGCGCUCAGGAAAAGGGUGGUGGAGAUGUGAUAUCGACAAUCUCUCAACGAUCCGAAAGAGUGGAUCCCGUUCUCGAGAAUCUUAAAUCACUCGCCGUCAGUAGGCCAAUAUUGAAGUCAGCUCCUCCCAGAGAAAGUAGCUUAACGGACAUCUUAGUUAGGAAAGCUUUAUCGUCUUCCUCUUCUUCCUAUACGGUGGAUCCUCAAAUACUUGCUGAGCUCUUCUCCAUUUACCGUGAAUGGCAAGAUAGCAAAGCUCAAGAAAUAACUAACAGACAGGAAGAUAUAGAAAACAAGAUAGAAGUGGCAGAUGCUUUGGCUUCUAAACUUGUACAGAGGUUUAACCACUCCGUUUCUGCUAUGAGGACCACUUCCCACCAUUUAUCUCAAGUUCAUGGGUUGCAGGUGGAGUUUGGGGAGCUUAAAGGAAGGUUGACAGAGGUGAUCAACAACUGUGAUACCUUAUGUAAAAGAAUUAAUGCUGAGGGACCUCAAUCUCUAAGGUCAACAGUGACUCCCUUUACUCUUGCACCACCUGAUUUAGUCAGUAUGAACACUACUACUACCCUGUCUUCUGAACACGAGGAAAUAAGAGUCAUUACUCGGUAAUUGUAGGUUAAUUAGUGAAUCGGAAUUCAUAUUUUUGUAGUUUUUUUUUCCGAGUUGUAUGUAUAAUCGCUCGGUACAAUAGGAAGCCAUUCUUGUUUUGUAGGGUAGUUAUUAUAUAACUAGUGUUACCCCCAUGCUAUGCAUGGGUUAAUUUGCUGUUUUAAAAAUUAUUUGAUCGCUGACAUAAUUGUAAUUAAAAUAAAUAUUACUUUAAAAUAUUAUA